AUGGCUACCAGUACAAUCCGGGCACAGGAGAUCAUCCUCUGUCACCUCUGUGGCACGAGACCCACCAAGCUUCACUGUAACCCCUGCCAAACAGAUUUAUGUGAAAAUUGUGUGGGAAAACACACCAUGAUGUCAUCAUUUGCCGCUCAUGAAAUCAUAAAUGUUUCAGUUGAUGAAAAGAAACGUCUUGUGGAAAAAGACACAUCUUAUCUUCAAGACGUCAUUUCUAAAUUCAAGAAAGCGGACGAAGAAAUUGAUUGCAAAAUGGUGGCUUUGAACACCAGAUGUGAUGAAUUAGAAGAACUGAUAUUAAAGCACGGAAAAGAAUGGCACUGCGUCAUCGACAAUGUCAUGAUGAAAAACAAAAGAGAAAUUGCCAGAAUAAGAGAAGAUGGAACAAAUGAGUUAAGGAAAUACAAGACGGAAAUGAAGGAUGUUUUUCUGAAUCUGCAAGAAACCGUCCAGCGAAACAAAGAAAUUGUCAAAUCUGUAGAUGUCAAUGAAAUCUGCCAAUACGAGCUGGCAUCUAGUAAAUAUCAGAAUACCCCACUGAAUGUUGAAUUAAAGCUUCCAACUUUUGUUUUCAAAGAGGUCCUUAGGAUAGCUUUAGAAAUUGCAGAAUUUCCUACAGGAAUAACACCAUUGAAGCGGGAGAUAUGUGUUGGUUCAGAUGAGGCGUGGAUAAGCGGAAAUGAUGAAACGGUUACACGUUUUAAUAUAAAAGGCGCUGUACUGGAGAAAGUCAACACCACUUGUAGUGGUUCCCCCAGUGAUAUUACAGUAUCAAAAGAAGGAAAUCUAAUUUACACCGAUACAGCAAAUAAAGUAGUUAAUAUAGUUCAACAAGGAAAGUCUACCACUCUGAUCACUGCACCGCAGGGGUGGGAACCUCUCGGAGUGUUUUGUUCGCAGUCAGGUGAUUUACUUGUUAGCAUGAGAACAACUGAUCAAACACGCUGCAAAAUUGUCCGCUACGAGGGUAAAAGGAUAACACAAGAAAUAGAAGAGGACGACAUGGGCGAUCCUUUAUAUAAAGGAGGGUCGAAAAUGCUCUUUGUGGCUGAGGACGAUAACGGAGACAUAUGUGCUUCAGAUUGCAAUGCAAAUGCUUUCAUCAUGGUCAACAGGGCUGGAGAACUGCUAUACCGAUAUACAGAAAGACAAAUGAAGGGCAAUCCUUGUGGUAUUAUGAUAUUUUCUGUUUUUCGGAUUUUCCUGGGUUUCUGGGGAAAAAGCGCUUAUUUCAUUUAUGAGUACGGUCGUCGAAGAUUUUGUUCUGGUUUGGGCUAUUAUGGGGCACAUAGCAUUGACAGAUUUGGAAGGCUUUGGUUAGGGGAAUCAAGCAGCGGAAAAGUGAAGAUCAUCAACGAUGAAAGAAUGCUAUGUUUGUAUUAUGUUUUACUUAUUGGGAUCAUAAUUUCUCUUUUCAUCAAUUUUUGA